UUCAAGUCAGUCAUUCGAUUUCCAUUGUGCGAAGUUUGCUUUGCUUGUAUGUUUGUUAUCUUUUUCAAAGAUAUCUGGGUAUUUAAAAUUGAAAAAAAAAUAGAAAUAAAACAUUCAAAAUUCCUAUUAUAUUUGCAAAUUUACUGAAAAUGGCUUCAACUGCGUCUGAUGAUAGAAAUGAAGAGCGUCGUCGCCGGGUUCUCUUGGGACCACUGCCGUCUGGGUUUCUGAGGACGGAUGGAGCUCCAGAUCCAGUAGAUGCAGACUACCAGGCUGCAUUGGCAUUACAACAACAACUCUGUGGAUCUACGGUGCCACCUGCUGGGCCUCCACUGACGGCCAGACUUAGCAUCACAAUAGCACAAGCGAAACUUGUCAAAAACUAUGGCCUCACCCGCAUGGACCCAUACGUGCGCCUGCGCGUCGGCCAUUGCAUCUACGAAACUCACACCGACCCCAGUGGGGGGAAGACCCCCAGAUGGAACAAAGUUAUACAAUGCCUACUGCCCCCUGGCGUCAGCUCUGUGUACUUGGAGAUCUUCGAUGAGUGCUCGUUCACGAUGGACGAGCUAAUAGCCUGGGCUCACAUCACUAUACCACCGGCUGUCCUCAACGGCGAGACUCACGAAGACUGGUACCCACUGAAUGGGAAGCAAGGAGACGGUUUGGAGGGAAUGAUCAACCUUGUCCUCAGUUAUUCAGUGGGCCCCGCAGCGGUGGCCGCCUUCCCCCCGAUGGUCGUAGUGCCGAGCACGGGCAUGGGCUACGCGGCCAUGCCGGUGUAUCCGCAGCACUACUACACGCAGCGCCCGCCGCAGCCGCCGCAGCCGCCGCAGCCGCCCCAGCCGGCGCCGGUCACCGAGGAACAGUUGCAACAGAUCCAAGAGAUGUUCCCGAGUAUGGAAAAGGAAGUUAUCAAAUCAGUAUUGGAGGCGAACGGAGGUAAUAAAGAUGCGGCCAUUAAUUCAUUGCUUCAGAUGUCUGAAUAAUCGCUGUACUAGAUCCGCGCCGCGAAGCAAGUCGCUGACAAUAACAACGUGGCCAUAGGACAGACAAAACUAUUAACUUAAUUGUGACAAUGACAAAGGAAACUGAUACAACGUGAUUUUGUUACCAAAGUGGGCAGCUGUUAUUCAUAAAACAGUUAAUACUCUAAGCUAAAAUGUUUUGUCACUAUCGCACUUGUUAUAUAUGAGAUUGACAGAAGGAGACAAAACAUAUUUUAGCUUAGAGUAUGUCUUAACUUUUUUAUGAAUAAUGACUUAAGUUUGCUAAAAGUUGAAUUAUUCUUAGUCUUUGGCCUAUAUAUUAUCGAUAUUUCCAACAUGGCGGAAAAUCUUUCGCGGAGCGAACAUUUUGGUUGCGUUUAAGAGCAUAAUUUUGAAAGUGAAUAUAAAAUGAUAGAAAAUUGACAAAAUUAUCAGAUUAAAAACUGACAGUGGCACCUAGGAACGGCUCCAGACGUGGGAACUCCUCGACGGUUUACUGCACGUACAUGAUUUUUUUCUCACACAUUGAAUGCAAUAAGAUCUCUCUGACUACAAUAAAGGCUUGUGUCAAAAUGAGAUUUUCGUAAAAAAAUUAUUAAACGUUGUGCUCUUUUAAUCGUAAUGUCAAGACAUUCUCAACUUUUUGGUGUGCCGUCUUUAAUUACAUAUUAUACCCCUAAAUGUGGGCGCGGUAACCGCUUGCCAUCAGGUAUACCGUGAUUUUAACAUUGUAUUAUAAUAAACAUAAAAGUCUCCUAGAUUAUGUGCAAAUUUUCCAAUCAAAACACUGUUAGUUUAGUGAGGAAACGCAAGUAGGUAAACACGUUAUUUACUCAUAAGAAAUGAGUUAACCGAUAAAAUAAUAUUAUAUAUGAACUGUGUCACUUUUUAGUCAUAAAAAAAUUAAGAGCUAAUUUUUUGGUCAAACAAAACCAAAUAUAAUGAUAUCUCGAAAAACAAAUCGAAAAUAAUAAUUAGAAUACUUGUUUUCUUAUACCAUUGACAACAAUUGGUUAGUUUCAUUAAAGACCGAUGGGCGAAGUGCACAGCGAACCAAUCACAUUGCAGUUUGGUUGUCGUUGCGUCACAAUGGCGCAAUGUGAUUGGUUCGCUGCGUCUCACUUCGAAUCGAUACGAUUGUGAGAAGUGAAUUGCAAACCCGCACUAACCCCCAGGUUUAGACUGAAUGCAUAUGCAUUAAGCAUAUAUAUGCGCUAGCAUUCGUAUCAGUGAAGUUGUGUUGUACAGAACCAAAUGAGACUUGCCACACUGGUUUUGAUGCGUAUGCGUGCAUAUAAUUCCAAAUUAUCAACGUAGCUGGUCGGUACGCAUAUUACGCAACAAACUUCGUGCAUACGCAUUAGGUCCGAACCGACCUUAAAAGGAAUAGUUCGGGAUCAAAAAAUUGCAUAUCUUUUGAUAAAACAUUUUAAAAAAAUUAACAGCGAAUGACACAUAACUUAAAAGAAAAUUUUGUUCUCUUUGACGUAUCUUCAUAAUCUGAUAUCAAUGACUUUAUAAAUGUAUAGUAUUAAUUGCCAGAUUAAAAAAAGUAUAUUAUUUAUUUUUAAAUGUAAAUAGUAGCCAACAUAACUUGACUUCAUAUUAUUAUUUUUUGUUUUAUUUGCUCAAAUGUUAAUUUUUCGAUUGGCAACACGGAGUUUAAUUAACAUUGUUAUUCCAUUAAGUGAUAUUACAUUUUAAUAUAUUAUCUGUAGAGGAAUCGUUAUGGGCAUACUUAGAUUUUAUAUUAUUAUAGUCUCAUAGCGGUAUAGCAUGUUUAAAUGUGUCACUUUUUAAAUGAGAUUAUUCAAUGGUGCAACAACUAGUAAGAUAAAUGUUUAUUAUCAAGUGUAAAUUUUGACAAAAGUAAUGAGAUCUUCUUUCUUGACUUCUGUUAUUUGCUUACAGUCGUGUCAGAUUUUAACCAAGUCGCCUUAAUGCAUCUGACAUGGCUUAUCUGAAACGCAUAGUCAUAAAAUGUUAUUAUGGAAGUACAAAUCAAAUCGUAUAAAACAAAAUUUACACUUGAAAUUUAUUGUUUUUGGUGGACAGACCAAAUAGUUUUUGUUUGUAUAGGUGCUCAAAACGAAUAUAAAACCAAAAUAAAAAUUGUCCUAUGUUUCAAAAGUAUCAGUCUGUCUAUAUACAGAAGAGAAACGGUUUUUUUUUUAAUGAAUUAUAUUUUUGGUCAUUGCAAUACCAAAUGUUGCCAGCCAAGAGAAAACAGAACUCUCGUUUAUUUUCUACUCUUUAUAGAAAGAUUGUACUUGUACAAAUUGUUUUAUGCAUUUCAAUGAUAAAUAAAUAUAUAUAUAUAAAUGUAUGGUCUGUCCUUCUGCACUUGGCACGUAGCUAGCAUAAUAGGGAUAGGUCACGAAAAAUUGAAUAUUUUUCAUUUAAAAACUAUAUUUUUCCUUUUGAUUAAUGCAUUACCAAAAUAUUCUACGGUGUUUUAGUUCUUCAUUGUUUUAAUUAAAGAAUGUAAAAGCGUCGAAAAUUGCUUAUUUCAAACUUUAUUUGCAUACUGAACUUUAUGCCGUAAACUUUAAGGAUCAAAAUCAUUUGCUAUCCAUGAUUUCUGUCAGUUGAAAGAAAAUAAUUGAAAGUGGCGGUUCUUCUACUUAUCUCUCGUUCACAUUUAUAGUGUGCGAGCGAGAGGCGGAUAGAAAAGCUAUAGUCAUGGUUUCAUAUAACAUUAUACUCUAUCACGUGCAAUAAUGGCGCUUGUAGCAAGCUAAAAAUUAAGCUAUCGAAGACAAAACUGAAUACAUUCGAAACAGCUUUGCGGCUAAAUUUUGUGCCAAAUUAUUUGCCAUCGAUACUAACUUCGCUUACGAAAAUAUUGUUAUGUACUUUAUAUUUAUUUGUAAUUUUACAAAUGUAUAAAUAAAUUAUUAUCUACUUAAA